UUUUCACUUUUAAAAUUUCAACUGUAUUUUCACGUCAAUAUCUACCUUUAACUUUUAAAUAACUUUUUUCACUUAACUUCAAAUAUUACUUUUAAGAAAUAUAUCAAUCAAUUCAUAUCCAAAUGCCUAUUAGUUGAUUUGUAUGCUUGGGAAAAAAAAACAGAGUCCACAAACUCUUUUGUAGUUGUUGGUCAAUUUUGGCUGAAUUAUGGAGUAGUACAUAAGAGACCACGUAGUAGCCAUAUGCUAAGUGGUCUUACAUUUUCCCAAAAAGAAAAUAAAAAACAAAGGGUACCAAACAUGGAAAAAGAACGUGAGAAAAAGAAACCAAGAAUUCUGUGUCUCCAUGGCUUUAGAGGCAAUGCUGAUUAUCUCAAGAAAUUGGUUCUCCAGUGGCCGGAAUCCGUCACCGGGAAAUUAGAUUUGGUUUUCUUGGAUGCACCUUUUCCAGCUCUGGGAAAAUCUUCCCUUGAAGGUUUUUUUGAUCCUCCUUACUUUGAAUGGUUUCAAUCAAAUAAGGAUUUCACAGAGUUUUACAAUUUUGAAGAAUGCCUAGAGUAUAUAGAAGGUUUUAUGUCAAAGCAUGGACCUUUUGAUGGUGUUCUUGGUUUCUCACAAGGAGCUGUUUUAGGUGCAGCAAUACCAGGCAUGCAAAGGGAAGGAGUGGCUCUAACAAAAGUUCCAAAAAUAAAGUUUCUGAUAAUAAUAUCAGGGGCUAAAUUUGGAGGGCCUACUUAUGGGGUACCACCUUUGGCUGCCAAUGCAUUUACAUCUCCAAUCAACUGCCCAUCCCUUCAUUUCUUAGGAGAAACGGAUUUUCAAAGAAAAGACGGAGAAGUUUUACUGGAGUGUUUUGUGGACCCCCAAGUGAUUCAUCAUCCUAAAGGACAUACCAUACCUAAACUAGAUGAUAGCAGCUUUGAAAUAGUGCUUGAGUUUAUUGACAAAAUUCAACAACUUUGAGACAACACGAGGAGUGGUAUAUUCUGGCUCUCAUAUUGUUGGUCCUGCCAAGAGAAUUCUCGAUAGUAUGUUAUAUUCUAAAAUUAUUUUCUUGUUUUCGAAUUUUUGGUUGUUGAUUUAAUUCUCUGCAUAUUGUGAUGGAAUUGUUCACAAGUAAACACGAUAAUUUACGUUCUAUUAUAUUAAAAAUACAAGAUGAGAUUUUGACAAUUGGUGGCAAAUGUUAAAGAAGGGAAAAUAAUGAUUUCUAUCCAUUUUAUUAACUUUGGCGCAGUUGUAAUUCUUUAGUCUGAAGUUACUGUCUCUCAACCAUACUUUGCAACGAUUACAAACACUUUACGAAUAUAAUGGCAUGAUGGUUGCAAUCACAAUAUCAUUUUUCACCCAAA